AUGUCAAUAGAGUGAUUUCAUUUGAUUAAAAUAUGUCCAUCAAAUGAUUUAUUGUGGUUAGGACUCUAGAUCUGAUAGAUAUGACUGAUAGAUCACUGAAUAUAUUUUCAAAAAGCUUUGUGGUGACUGCCCUUUUCUGGCUUUAAAUAUAUCUUGAUCAGCCUGAAAAACUAUCAUUUUUGUUAAGCACUUAACGGGACUUGCCAAUCUCUCAUGGACAAAAUGUCUUGAAUGCCUACAGCAUUUGAAGAUAUAGGUAAGAAUUGCACCUACAUAGUUCCAAAGAAAGUGAUCCCAUCAGUGAUUCCACCAGUUUGAGCCUGCUUCUUCAUCACAACAAUGGAUCCAGCAAAGGAAAUGAAAGUGGACCUACUGAUGUACGAGGAGUCGAGCGUCGACCCGUCCGAGAUCGGGGGUCAGAUCAACGUGCCCGGCCAGCCGUCACGCUCUGCUGACGGCACCGUCGAGUACAACACGCUCGACGAGCCGAUCAAGGAGACCAUCAUGCGUGACCUGAAGGCCGUGGGGACGAAGUUUUGGCACGUGAUGUACCCACGGGAGAAGAAAGCCCUGCUGAAAGAAUGGGACCUCUGGGGUCCGCUGAUCCUGUGCACCAUACUGGCGGUGAUGCUACAAGGCUCUCCUGAGGGGGAGACCCCAGCCGCGGGCAAGAGCGGCACGCUGGCCAACGACGGUGGUCCAGAGUUCGCCGAGGUGUUCGUCAUUGUCUGGGUGGGCUCGGCCGUGGUCACCCUCAACACCAAACUGCUCGGAGGAUCCAUUUCGUUUUUCCAGAGCGUCUGCGUGCUCGGCUACUGCCUGUUCCCGACGAUCGUCGCUCUGAUGCUGUGCUGGCUGGUGCUGCUGUUCGAGCAGACCACGGCGCUGUUCGCUGUGCGUCUCGUCAUCACCUGCCUCGGCUUCGGAUGGGCCACCUACGCGUCGGUCAAGUUUCUGGGUGACAGUCAGCCGCCGUCCCGCAAGGCCCUCGGCGUCUACCCGAUCUUCCUGUUCUACUUCGUGAUAUCUUGGCUGAUCAUUUCACACGCGGACUCGUAGACAUUGCCGCUGGCCGCAGUGCUGUUGUGUUUUACACCGUGCGAGUGUCGUGCUGUUCGGGAGGGCUGGUGGUUGCGGUGGACGUGCGCACAGGUCAGCGCGUGAUAAGUUCUCUGCUCGCCUACCGUAAAUGGUGAUUUGUUUUGUUAUUGGUCGCUAUGCUUGCGAUUGUUGUACUGAACUAAGCUUGUUUGGGCACAUUAUUAAUUUAAGUAAUGUCAUAAUGAUGCUAUAUUUUGAGUAAUUAAGUCACAUUUGUUUCAUGUCUUCAGUCUUGAGACCGUUUGGUUUCAAGAGCAUUGUGAGGUACGCGAAUACACCUAAAAAAACAAAUUUUGAGUGCUUGUGCCCAUUCACGCCUUGUUUGUACUUAAAGUCACUUUUUGUACAAACUCGUACCAUGGUUCCGCGGCAAUAGAGGCUAUCGGCCAAUUGGGGAAAAUAUUAUCGACUUUUGUGUCGUUAGGCCGCAUCAAUUCUAAAAUGCAGUAAUUGAGCUUGCUCAGACUGCUCACUGUAUUUGAACAUUCGGAAUAAUUGCCUAUUUGGUAUCUGCAUUCGCGAGCUCCGUUUUGCCGAUUGCAUUAAUUGGUCCAACAAGCAACACUGCGUUGAUCGCGUGGAUAUACACUUACAGUACAUACACGUAUGCUGUCGGAAACGAAAAGCGAGUAAAGAGCAUAAUGGCAUGAAGACAGCCUUGCAAUCGCCAUAUUAUUGAUUGAGCUCAAAGUCAAAUUAUAGGUGGUUUCAUACACUCGUUAAGUUUUCGUAAUUUGUUUAUUUCAUGAUAUAUCUCAAGCACUUGUGAUGAAACAACAUAUUCUGAUGGCAAUGGCUAUGAUAAAUGAGAUGAAGAGAAUAGAGGUGAUGCAUGU